AUGUAUGCCUUGACUGGACAUAAAUGCCUGGAACUUGCUUUUGCGAUGUCACUUCUCUAUUGGGCAGACUGCAGCCCCUCUCCGCAGGAUGAUUUGGCUCCCCUUGAAUUGCAGUUCCAUUCUUUGGACUUCAGAAAUGUCUUACACUGGAAACAUCCACACAAAGCUGUCAAGAACCUGACAUAUUCUGUUCAGCAUAAAAUAUACGGAGACAAGGAGUGGACUAACUCUGAACACUGUCAGGGCAUCCGGUUGCUGGAGUGUGACCUGAGCCAGGCAACGUCAGAUCCCAGAGAAUGGUACUAUGCCAGGGUCCGUUCCUUGUCCUCUGAGGGCUUCUCAUCAUGGGUCCUUAGCCACAGGUUUUACCCUCAGUGGGAAACCAAUUUCAGCCCACCGCAGAUAAAGGUGACCGUGACAGGACGGAUCAUUUCAGUGCAAAUCAGACCUCCGAGGACACCACUGCAAGGACAGAGGGGCUCUAGGAUACGAGUGACAAAACUGCAGAAACUGACAUUUAGAAUAUACCUAAUACACAAUGAUGUAGAAGAGGAAGUUUAUGAAACAGACAGUUGCUCCAAGGAGCUUGUGAUCGAGGGGUUACGUCCGAAAACCACCUACUGCCUUCAGGCUGUGUCCGUUACCCCUCGCUCAGGCCGCAAAAGCUUACGGAGUCUCAGCACCUGCAUCAGCACUCAUUGAAGGCUUAGUGUCUCCCACAGGGUGAGGCUGCUUCUGGACCUUUGUUCAACAUGAAAAUUACACACAUACACACUACAUAGUGGAAUGUCUGCAAUUUUUCACCAAGGUCACGUUUACUAUAAGCCUGGCUUUGCCUUUAGGUUACAUUAAAGCUGAAGUGUGUAAUUUCUGCACCACUAGCACCAUCAGCAAAAUAAUGACCGUUUACACACAGGUUUCCUGAGCACUCAUCUUGAAUUGGGUGGACAAAGAAAUGGUGCCACCCUCAAAUCACACCACUGGCUUGAGCCAACAGCAGUGGAAAGCAUUUACACUCGUUUUUUUCUCAGGGAAAUCAACAAAUGGCUUACUUGAAGAUAUUUAGUAUUAAGUUCGCUUUUUUAUUAUUAUUAUUAAAAUAUA